UUAUGACGUGUUUUUGUUUUAAUUUUUAAACGAAAUUGUUUUGGAAUGGCAAAAAUAUUAAAAUGGUUUGCUAUUUUACAAACCUUUAGCUGCAUAUCAUCCUUUAGAAAUCAAUUUUAUACAAAAGAAGACAUUUUACGAAAGAGGGAAGAAGUUCGAAAAAUUUUUCAACAUGCCUAUGAUGGAUAUCUUAAUUAUGCAAGUGGUUAUGACGAAUUGCGUCCUUUAACAUGUGACGGUAUAAACACUUGGGGCAGCUACUCUUUAACUUUAAUUGAUGCUCUAGAUACUUUAGCUGUAAUGGGAAAUUUCACAGAGUUUCGAAGAGUAGUGCAAUAUUUGGUAGAAAAUUCAAAUUUCGAUAGUGAUAUUAAUGUUUCUGUUUUUGAAACAAACAUAAGAGUAGUAGGUGGUUUGUUGAGUGCACAUUUAAUGUCUAGACGCGCUGGUGUUGAUCUCGAACCAGGAUGGCCAUGCAAUGGUCCAUUACUGAGAAUGGCGGAGGACGUUGCAAGGCGAUUGCUGCCAGCUUUUGAUACAAAAACUGGUAUGCCUUAUGGAACUGUUAAUUUGCGUUAUGGAGUGCCACCAGGUGAAACUCCAGUAACGUGCACAGCAGGAGUGGGAACAUUUUUAGUGGAAUUUGGAAGUUUAAGCCGAUUAACCGGUGAUCCUAUUUAUGAAGAAGUUGCUCUUAACGCAAUUUAUUCCUUGUGGAAAUAUCGUUCACCUAUUGGAUUAUUCGGUAAUCAUAUAGAUGUUCAAACUGGUAGAUGGACUGCACAAGAUUCGGGAAUUGGAGCCGGCGUAGACUCCUAUUUCGAAUAUUUGGUAAAAGGAGCAAUAUUAUUAAAUAGAUCCGAUUUGUUAGAAAUGUUUCAUGAAAGUCGGCAGGCUAUUGAUAAAUAUAUGAGAAAAGAAGAUUGGUAUGUGUGGGUUAGUAUGACUAAGGCUCAAAUAACACUACCAGUGUUUCAAUCUCUAGAAGCAUUUUGGCCUGGUAUUUUAUCAGCAAUAGGAGAUAUUGAAGCCGCGACGAAAACUUUUGCGAAAUAUCAUUCAGUUUGGAAACAAUAUGGAUUUUUACCGGAAUUUUAUAAUAUUCCUAACUUAGAAGCAACUGCUAACAGGGAAAGCUAUCCAUUGCGGCCGGAGAUUAUUGAAUCAGCAAUGUUUCUAUAUAGAGCAACCAAAGAUCAAUACUACCUAGAAUUUGGUGAUGACAUGCUUACAAGUAUUCAACACAGUGCUAGAACUGAAUGUGGUUAUGCAACCAUUAAAAAUGUUCGGACCCAUGAACGUGAAAAUCGCAUGGAAUCAUUUUUUCUUGCUGAAACUACAAAAUACUUAUAUUUGUUAUUUGACCCAGAUAACUUUAUACAUAAUGAUGGGUCACAAGGAACUUGGUUUGAAACAACGAAUGGUAACUGCAUCAUAGAAGGUGGAAAUUAUAUAUUUAAUACAGAAGCUCAUCCAAUAGAUCCAUCAGCUCUUCGUUGUUGCCAUGACGCUAAAAAUUUCGAUAUAUUUGAAGAUUUUAAUAUUGAUGAUUAUAAAGGGGAGCUCUUAGACAUGAAAACCCGGAAACUCUUAAUUGAGGAACGUGAAGAAAUAAAUAAGAAAUUUGAGUGUCCGAAAAUUGUUCCUAGAAACGCAAAUAUAACAGUUGAUAUAGAAUUUGUUACAGAAGUUGAAGCGAAUUUUUCUGAUACUGAAAAAUUAUUAUCGCAAUUGACAAAGGAGCAAAGUAAAAAACAAAUUGAAAAAAUGCCUGAAGAACGCAAAGAAUUUACGGAAAGAACUUGGAAUGAAUCUGAAAAGCAAAAUAUAUAUACGCAUAACUCAGAAAUUCAAAAUGAAAAAAAGAAUGACUCUUCUGAUAUAGCCAAUAUUUUAAAGUCUUUAAUGAAAAAAGUUGUUUUAAAAAAUAAAAUUUUUAAGUCCAAAGAAACGUCCGAUCGUGUAAUCAAUGAAUACACGUCUUUUGAUAACUUAUAUGAGCUAUUUGUCACGAAAGAAAAAAUAAACGUUUCGAAGAAUUUACUCAACGAAUUAGAAGUAUAUUAUAGUAGUUUACCAAGAGACGAAAAUACCAUUGAUGUUGGUAGUUUGUUUCAAAUUGUUUGUGAAAUUUUGGAACUAGCUAAAAACAAUAUAACAAAAUAUAAUUUUGAAGGAAAUAGUCAUCACAUGAAAAUAUUGAAUAUAUUAAAAAAAGUUCAAAAUAGAUUUGAAGAUGCAAUAGAUAAUCCUGCUGAGAUUUAUUCAUUUGUAAUAAAAUUUAGUAACGAAACAGGUGCAAUUGCAAAUGAAGAGCUAACAUCAAUCGAAAUAUUAAAAAUAUUACAUUCCAUUGAAAAGCUUUUAAAAAGUGUAGAUGUAGUUCAAAAUUUAGAUAACGUAACAUUGAAAUAUGAAAUAUUUGAUAAUUUUUUGAAUUUGCCUUCUAUAAAAGAAAUUUCUGCAGAAAACAAAACUGAAAAAUUUGAAGAAUAUGUUAAAAAUUUGAUAAGAGAGAUAAAUAAUGUGGAUUUUUUAACCGGUGGAAAGCAAAAAGAUACUCUGCUGAUUAAUGAUAGCAAUACGCAAAAUAAAGUGUUGGUUGAGAAAUCCGAAAACGAAGAAAACAAAAAAUCACAAGAAUCUCUAGAUGAUAAAUUUCAAAAGUCCCAAAACGAUGACAUUAUUCUGGUAGAAAAAAGUUCAGUCAUUGAAGAAACUGGUAUUGGUUCAGUUGAACCGGUUUCAGUUGAAGAAGAUUUUACACAUUUGGAAAGUUCAAAUGACGAUCUUAUAAAAAAACAAAACACCAAAAUGAAAAUUGUGUCUAAAGAAAAGAUUAAUGAAGAAAUUAUUAAAAAAAUUGAUGAUAGUGAUUUACGUUUACAAAGUCCAAUUUUAAAACCAUAUGGUGUAGAUUCUCCUAUAGAAAGCCCAUCAAUGCUGACUGAUUUUGUUCAAUCUAUAUUAAAAUCGACUAUUCCAGUUACUCCCAAAUUUGAUCCACAAAUACUACUUGAAAGAAUAAGAUCGAAUGGAACCUAUUUAAAUUUUAAAAAUAAAUGGGAAUUAUUUUCAUGUAAAGCGCCUAGUUUUUUACAAAAAUUGUAUGUUCAUGGAUUAUUUUAAAUUUAAUUUAAUUAAUUGUGGAAUGAAAUGGAAUGUAAAUAUAAUUAUAUUAUGUAAUACUGAUACAUAUAAUUUAAAAGAACAUUUAAACAUCCCGUUAUUAGAUAGUUAUGUU